AUGGCAGGGAAACCCAAGCUUCACUACUUCAACGGAAGAGGCAGAAUGGAAACCAUCCGAUGGCUCCUGGCUGCAGCAGGAGUGGAGUUUGAGGAAGAACUUUUUGAAACACGGGAAGAAUUUGAGAAAUUAAUUCAAGGUGGAACCCUGAUGUAUGAACAAGUGCCCAUGGUGGAAAUUGACGGGAUGAAUUUAGUAGAAACGAGAGCCAUCCUAAGAUACAUAGCUGCAAAGUAUGACCUGUAUGGACAGAAUCUGAAGGAACAAGCCUGGAUUGACAUGUAUGUAGAAGGCUUGAAGGACCUGAGUGACAUGAUUAUGUUCUUCCCACUUUCUCUGCCUGAAGAAAAGGAUAUGAAUCUUCAAUAUAUUCUUGAAAGAGCCACUGAAAGAUUCUUCCCUGUCUAUGAGAAGGCGCUAAGGGAACAUGGGCAAGAUUUUCUUGUGGGUAAUCGGCUGAGCUGGGCUGAUAUACAGCUCCUCGAAGUCAUCUUAAUGGCUGAAGAGUGUGAACCCAGUGUCCUCUCAGGUUUCCCUUUGCUACAGGUAUUCAAGGCAAGAAUCAGUAACAUUCCUACAAUUAACAAAUUUCUCCAGGCUGGCAGUCAGAGGAAGCCUCCACUGGAUGAAGAUUCCAUUAAGACUGUGAAGAAUAUAUUCAAAUUUGAUCAUGGCAUGUUUCUUAAAAACAUGGGCACUGUAGUAGCUGAGUAUUAA